UGAGAAUUCAACAGACAAUAAAGUGUAUUUUUACGACUUUUAGCAUUUUCGCACACAACUAUACUAUUCGCAUUUAACGAAUGAUGUAUUAAGAGCACACAGUUCUUUUAGUUCAUUUCGUGCAAACAAGUUUCAGACAAGUAAAAACAGAGUGAAUGCACGCAUGGUUAUAAAAAAAGACUUACAUAUUUUCGCCUACGAACAUAUACAUAUAUAGAGAUAUAGAAAAGGCAUAUAUAUGCAUAAACAUUUUAUAAAAGUCAACAAACGCCCUCGACAAGCACGUUGGUUAACAAGAAAAAGUGUCAAGUGUUCAAAAAAAACGUAGUUUUUACGCCAAUUUAUGCCUGAGUCCACUGCAGCGACCGCAAAUUUAAAGACAUUUCUUAUUGAAGGCGACUACGGUUCCAACUUUGGUUAGCUGUUUUACUAAAUAGUGAGAAAUAUACACUUUCUACGAAAAUAGCAAAUUGUGUUGUGGUUGUCCCCAAAAACUACACGAAAAUAACAACGAAAAGCACAACGAAUACGUACAAGUGUCCGCAAAACUAUUGGAGCCAACACAACUCGUCACGAAAUCAACCUCAAAUAUAAAAGCCGAGUGCACGAAGCGUACAUUGUAGUAAAACAUUAACAUGGAUGUGUGGGGUGUUUUUGUUGGCGACUCGUCCAUGUCUUACGGUGGGUCAGUACGCAGCACCUACUAUCGCGACUAUGAGCAGUUUCCCUAUGGUUCAUUAGAGCAAGGCUCGAGUCCGCCAUCUAAGGACUCCUACAGCAAGGUUCAAGAAAAAUGCAGGCAAGUGAAAUCGGUAAAAGCGCAAAAGAAAGAGUGCCCCUUCUGUAAGGAACAGAAAAAGCGGCCACUCACCAAUUACAUGCGUAAGCGCGAGUCUCGCAAGCACCACGACAGCAUUUGUGAGGAGCACGAGGAAGGCAUUGAGGAGGAGACUGAGGAAGAGGAGCAACAACAGGGGGUGACAAUAAAUGUGGCGGUGAAUUCGCCAUUGCAGCAAUGCUCGAACGUCGACAGUUUGAAUUGCAGUGCAAAAUAAUUACAAGUGCCGAAUGUUUACGACGUGCUACAGUAGACCUUUUUCUUAAAAAGGAAAUGUGAAAUAAAAAAGAGAUUUGCGAUUGACAACAACAUGAAGAAUGCAUUAUGUACCAGGGUUAAUGGUUUAUGGUAGAUUUAAAAGGAUUUUUAUAUGAGUGCAGUUCAACGCGUGUAUGUAUAUAUGUAUGUAUUUAGCAGCUUCUAUAGCACAACAAUAAUAACACUACCAUUUUCCGUAUUUUCUAUACAUACAUAUACAUAUGUACAAGAAUAAGAAAAUUAAACAAGGAAUAACAACAAUACAUUAUAGAUUAUUAAAAAUAAUUGAUAUACUAAUAUACAAUACCUUACGUUUGAGUACGUGUAAUAGUAACAACAAAAACCAAAACAAGUAACACACAGAUGUAUGCAUUUUUUUUUACAAUCGUAUGUUUUUUGCAUAUUUACAUCCUACUUUAUAAUGAGAAAAAAACUGGAAUUUUUUUAUAUGUGUAUAUAUGAUUAUUAUUAUACGAGAAUACGAGUAUAUAAUAAACAUUAAUAAUUGUAGGAGAGAGACUGAAUCAGGCAAGUUAAUGUUUUCAAUAUAAACGAAAUAAUUUAUAACUUUUAUUACUAAAACCUUCCAAAUCAAGAUUGUUUACUAUUUAAAAAUUUAUUAAGAAAAUUAGAAAUUCAAAAAACAAAAAAAAAAUCAAAAAAAAAAAAAAAUAAACAUAAAAAACUUACGAAAAACAUGCAUAGACGCAAUAUAUGUAUUUUGGAACGGCGUUAAAUCUGUCUAUAUUAGACAAUACAUGUAAAUAAGUACAUGUUAUAUUAUGUGCAUAUGUAUGUCAACUGUUUUCAUAUGGCUUCUUGUUAUUGAUUAUGUUUGUGUACAAUUGUAGCUUUGACAGUUAACAUAUUGAAAGAAAACGAUAAAUAAAAUGUAAAUGUUGUAUCUGUAAGUUGAUUAUGUAAUUAUAUAGUAUGAACAAAUUAAAUACGAGUAAUAAUACCCAUA